AUGGUUAAGAAGGCUGUUCACUUUGGUGGUGGCAACAUUGGCCGUGGCUUUGUUGGUGAAUUCCUUCAUGAGUCUGACUAUGAGGUCGUCUUCGUUGAUGUGAUGGACUCGAUCAUCGAUGCCCUUCAAAAAGCAUCGUCCUACAAGGUCACUGAAGUUAGCAACGAGGGAGAACAUACCAAGACCGUCACCAACUAUCGUGCCAUCAACUCCAAGCACAACCUUGACGAUGUCGUGAAUGAGAUCUCCACCGCUGACAUUGUCACCUGCGCUGUUGGUCCCAACAUCCUGAAAUUCAUUGCUUCUCCAAUUGCUAAAGGCAUUGACGCCCGCACCAUCGAGAAACCGCUCGCUGUUGUCGCUUGUGAGAACGCCAUUGGUGCUACCGAUAACCUCCAUGGAUUUAUCAAAGAACAUACUGAUGCCUCUCGCCUCGAAUCCCUUCCUUCUCGAGCCCGAUUUGCCAAUUCCGCCAUCGACCGCAUCGUUCCCACUCAGGACCCCAACGCGGGCCUCGACGUCAAAAUCGAAAAGUUCUACGAAUGGGUUGUGGACAAGACUCCAUUUGGUGAAUGGGGACACCCAGACAUCAAAGCUAUCCACUGGGUUGACAACUUGGAGCCAUACAUUGAACGCAAGCUUUACACUGUCAACACUGGACACGCUACCGCUGCUUACUACGGUUACAACAUGGGAAAAAAGACUAUCUACGAAUCCAUGAGUGACGAGAAGAUUCGCGGCCAUGUCAACGAUGCUCUCUCCGAGACCUCGGCUCUUAUUGUGGAGAAACACGGCAUCUCACCAGAAGAGCAACGCAAGUAUGUCGAGGCUAUCAUCACCCGUAUUUCCAACCCCCACCUCGAGGAUGUUGUUCAGCGCGUUGGUCGUGCUCCCCUUCGCAAGCUCGGCCGCAAGGAACGUUUCAUCGGGCCCGCCUCUCAGUUGGCUGAGCGUGGAAAGAAGGUCGACGCCCUGUUGGGUGCUCUGGAACAGGCAUUGCGAUUCCAAAACGUCCCCGAAGAUGACGAGAGUUCCGAGCUCGCUAAAAUCAUGAAGGCCGAAUCCGCCGAGGCAGCAACCACCAAACUGACCGGCUUGGAGAAGGACCAUCCUCUCUUUGCGCGUGUCGUCGAACGCGUUGCAAAGGUCCAGGGCGAAUCCAAGUAA